AUGAAAAGUGAUAGAAGACCAAAAGCAACGCCUGCUAGUAUUGUUAUUGUGAAUUGUGGUAUUAUUGAAGUUGCUGUACAGGGUAAAAAGUUGGGUGUAAUAAAGAAACAUGCACUUUUGAAGACCAGUUCCUUGUGCAUAUCAAAAUAUAAUAUAUAUAGAAGAUUUAUUGAGAUUUUACGGAAAAACAUGAGUUUGCAAAUAAAGUUAGCUGAUGGCGAGCUGGAGUCAAUGAUGUUAAAAAUUUCAAGUUUGGCCGUAGCCUGCUCAUUCAACGCUUUCAUCUUCAUCGCCAUUGAAAUCCUG